AUGGGACCACCACUGGCCUCGGCCCCUCCUGUGCUCUGGGUUCUCGCCAGUUUCACAUUGCUCCUCGGGCUGUGGGUACUGUGUGUGGCUUGCCGCAGGAAGCAGGCCUCAAGGCCAUGGGCAGGGCUGGAAGGCAUAGAGACACCAGCAGACCCAACUCUGUUAAGACAGACUCACCUCUGCACCCUCAGCACGUUGGACACUGGGUUACACAAGCUGCACCACGGCCCUCCAAGCAGCCAAGCGCCCCGGCCUGCUAGCAUGGACCUCCUGCAGGCGCACUGGCUGGAGGGACAGAAGGGCACUCCCAAACUGCCUAAAGCACCUCUCUCUCUACAUCAAGAUCUACCGAAGCCUUUGCUGGUUCUCCCCUCCACCCCCACUUGCCCCGAGGUAACCUAUUCCAAUGUGGGGCUGGCCUCACUUCCCAGAGCCAGCCUGGCGGCCAGACCAGUGGCAGCUGAGUAUGCCUGUGUGCGGAAGCUCAAGGGAACAGAGAAUACUGAAGUGCUGCCGUCUGCACAGGUGGACAUCUUGUACUCCAGGGUCAACAAGCCUAAAAGGACGGGCAAAGGGCUGAAGAACGAGUCUCUUGGCCCAGAGGGCCUGAGAUCCUUGCCAAGCCCCCUUCCAAGGGGCCAGGAUGUUGACCUGCUGGCCCUGGAGAACGUUUACGAGAGCAUCCAGGAGCUGGGCCGCACCUCCUGCAGCCCCCCAGCUGGCUCUGUGGGGCUAGGAGGGGACAGUGAACUGUCCAGCUUAUGGCCAGGCGAGCCGGGCUGGAAGGCAGAGGAGGGAGAAAACCCAGUCGACCCUGGGGGCUGCACUUGGGCCCUGAAGCCCCCAGGCGCACUCCGUACCUGCCUGGUGAUGCUUAAGAGGGGGCCAGGUAGAAGACAGGUGGUCACAUUUAGGGAUGUCCGACUCCUGGGAAGCCCGACAAGGCGACUAGAGUCCAUGGGGCCGGGGGAGGCGGGCCCCCCAUGCUGCAGCGCGCACUCCAAUAGGCGCCUGGGAGGCGGGCGGCUGCGGAUCCAGGAGGGGGUUGGUGGCCGGCCAUCCCUGAGCGUCAGGCUCACUGCCCAGCCCCAGGGCCACCAUGUAGGCCACACAUCCCCUGGCACCGAGCCUGGGCUGCCGUUGCCCCAUGUCCCGUACCGCUGGUAG